AUGUCGGCCGGAACAGAUCUUCUUACCACGCUUUUAAGGCGCCAAAUCAAUCCUGAAGACUGUACCUUCGAGACCUGCAACAUCCUGGACUCGUGGUACAAGUAUCGCCCGUCUUUCGUUGCAAAUCUCAUCCUCACCAUCAUCUUCGGCCUCUCCGCCAUCACAUACACCGUCCAGGGCGUGGCCACCAGACGCUUCAUCGGCUUCAGCAUCGCCAUGGCCCUGGGCACCGCCGGCGAAACAACAGGCUACGUCGGACGCAUCCUGAUGUGGCAGAACCCCUGGAAGCAGAUCCCCUUCAUGAUCCAGAUCUGCUGCCUCACCAUCGCCCCCGCCUUCCUAGCCGCAGGCAUCUACUUCACGCUGUCGCGCAUCGUGACGGCCUUCGGCGUCGACAACUCGCGCAUCCCACCACUCUGGUACCCGCGCAUCUUCAUCCCCUGCGACGUGCUGGCGCUGGCGCUGCAGGGCGCCGGCGGCGGCAUCGCCAGCACCAGCACCGACCCGGCCGGCGCCAACCUGGGCAAGAACCUCAUGAUCGCGGGGCUGGUCGCCCAGGUCGUCACGCUGUCGGCCUUCAUCGCGCUGGCCGUGGACUUCUCCGUGCGCGCGUGGCGCCGGCUGCGCGCCAUCGGCGACGCCGCGCUGGACCCGCGCCAUGCGCGGCUGCGCCGCUCGUUUGGCUUCCGCGCGUUCCUGGGCGCGCUGGCGCUGGCUACGCUGUGUAUUUUUGUCCGGUGUGUGUUUCGCGUGGCGGAGUUGUCGGAAGGGUGGAAUGGGCCGCUGAUGAGAGAUGAGCCGCUGUUUAUUGCCCUGGAGGGCGUGAUGAUCAUCGUUGCUGUGUUGGCGUUGAAUGUGUUUAAUCCGGCCAUCUUCUUUAAGGCUGGGUAUGAUAAGGAUAUUGCUUUGGAGAUGAAGACUGAUACUAUAGAUAGUGGAAGAUCAACAGUGAUUUGA